CACUCUGUGGCCGCUGGCACGCAAAAGGCGUUUAUCAUGUUGAUUUUAUCGAAUGUGGAGCGGUUUGGAUUUAAGUUAUCCUUCCUUCGGGACUAGUACCUGGGUAAUUUUCGUCAGAGGGCUCGGGAGCAUACCGUUAAGUUUUGUUUCGCUUUGAGUUUUUUGUUUCAGUCAUCUGGGAGGCGUAAAACGGCGGGAUCAUGCCGGUUCGUAAAGAAGGUAGGUCGUCUCCGCGAGUUUGAAUUCACGGGGAGUUCUGCAAUGAGUAGUGAUCACUAAAAUAAUGUUACUGCCAUGAAGUGAUUUUUCGCAUUAAAUUCAAAUGUUAUUAUUUCAGAUGCUAGUAAAGCUCUCGAGCUUUUGGAGCGUUACUAUGAGAAGUUAAACAAGCCGCAAGAUCGAGCGCUUCGUAUGGCCAUCGAGAGAGUAAUUCGGAUAUUUCAAAGUCAUCUGUUUCUAGCUCUACUUGGUAAGAUCCGUUUGAUAUUUGCAUUUCUCGAGUGUUAUAUUUAGUGAAGGGUACUAGUUAGCGAUGGUACCUGAAUAAUUAUUAUUGUGCGGUUUUAUUUUCUGUUCGAUUUCGUUGUCUUGACAAUCUAGAAUGAGAUAUAACCCACUGGAGCAAGCCGUCGAAGAGGAUUUCAAUAGGUCCGCGUUUCUAAUAUUUCUGUAGGCCCCUCGCUGUUGUGUUUUCAAACUGUAUGUUUCUUGUAUAAUUAAAAUUCAGAUAUACAAGAGUUUUACGAAACCACAUUGUUAGAUGACACCAAAACACCCGAACAAAAAGCUGAAGAAACGCAUGAAGCCUUACGAAGUUGGCAGAGUCAUCAUGCCCCUGUGGAAUCGCCUCCAAGCUAUCAGGAUUUCGAAGAGGUAAAUUUGUAGCUAGACUUUGCUUCCUGUACUUUGAAACGGUUUUUCUAGAGGAGCGCAACGAAAUCUGAUAAUGUAGCGAAAGUUCGAAAUAACUAACAAUAACAUCUUGAAGUUUGUGUCUUAUUCGAGGAGAGACAAUCACAAAGGAAAUGGAAAUUGACAUAUUUAAACAUUGGAACAUUUCCUGAUGCAAGGUGCAAUUUUACAAAAUGACAGAUUGCGUGUGUUAAAUCUGAAAUAUUGGUCAUGUGUAGGUGAAUCUUCAUCGUUGUCCUUAAAAGAAUUCUAUAAUUAUUCUUUUGUGUAUAAAACAUUACUAUCUGCGAUCAGUUUACGUUAAAGCAACGUUUUAGAGAUGUCUUUGACAAGACUCGUAUAAUUUAAAAUUUAUUGUUACCAGCAGUGAUAAUUAAGUUUUUUAUUGUUGUAGAUUAAACUGUGAUUUAUCAUAAUGCAAAAUAAACCAUUUUUAAAUGGUAUGUUGCUUUUGGCAAGACAUUUAAACUGUGAGGUUUUUCCCUCAACCUAUUUUUGACCAAAUAUUAGUGAUGAUUUAUUUUUAAGCAAAAUUCUGCUUUGUUCUGCAGUUUGUUUUGAGGGCAACUUAAAUUUGUGCUAAGUUCAUGAGCCUUUGCGAACAUGUUUCAAAAAGUUCUACUUGUAAUCAUAAAUUUAUUUACCUUCUAUUUUUGUAGAUGUUAUAGUGUUAAAAGGAUUUAGAUUUCAAAUUGAUAUGCAGGAAAUAAUCUUCAAGUUGCAAUAUUGGUGGAAAUUUUUUCCUUAUACUUUUGUACCUCAAGAUUUUCUUCCAGGUUUAUCUCAGCAUUAUUAACAUGACUAAAAAUGACAUUGGUCCUUUCAAACAAUAAUUCCAUUUGGCAGCACAAGAAAUAAAAAAUUUCAGGAAUUGUUGCUUGAUUUUAAUGCUGUCCCUCGUGACUUUGCAUGCUUUUGAAUUGAUAUCUAGUUUCAUUUUGUUAUUAAGAUUGUAUACCUGAUAAAAAAGCUAUCAUUUUACAAUUUGUUCUUAUUAUAUCUUCUAGGGAGGUGUAAAUGGAGAAACAGUCCUGACUCCAGUGGUUACACAAAGUAUUGUCCAGAGUGACCAGCAAGACAGCUUUGUGGAGGUUUGCCAUUGUUUUUUUGAAAAAUGAACCUAAGAUUUUAUCUGUAAUUCUAUUUGUGGCUGCUAUACGUUUAUUUGAAAAUCAACAAAGAGAAUUUUUGUGUUUAACCAAGAUAACUACUUUUAGCUGAUAAUUAUAUAUAUUAUUAUCACCUGUUUUUUGGGUAAUAUAUCAACAUAGUAAAGAGAAAUCACUUUUUAGUCACCAGUAACAGUUUAGGGUUAACCAUUUGACUCCCAGAAAUUAUUAGUGGAUAAAGGAUAACUAUCUAUUUGGAGAUGUUGCCUUGAUGUAACAGCAAAGUUGCCAAAGUAGUCAAGAAAGAAAUUUCAGAUCUUGGAAGCUAUUGAAGGGUAAAGCAUCUCUGAAAUUGCUUUUAACUUUAAAACUGCUACCAGAAUUAACUAUAAUGUCUAAAUAUUGCUGAUUUUAGAAGAUUUUGAAACUUUGAUAGAGGAUUAUUUUGAUGAUUUUGUCAGAUUGUGUUUAAUCCAAAUUUCAAUUUAGAUUAAAAUUUAAUCCAAAUUUCAAUUUGUAUGGUAAGGUUUUUAGUGAUCUAAUUUGAUGUAUGUCUGUUUCUGUGGAGAUUAGAGGACUCACUUUAAAGUGAAUUAAAUCUACAAGUUUCUAAAAUUGUGUUCACAGUAUUUCAGUUUGCUCUUGAUUUAUAUAGCAUCACUAAUCAUCUAUUUGGUCAAAGUGCUGUACCUUCAUUUUUUGUUUUCAUGGUUGAGUACAAGACUCUGCUUUAAUCUUUUUAGACAAUGCAUGAAAUAAUUUUAGUGUGUCUGUUUUUUAUCUUAUUAGUGACAUAUAAUUUCAUUAAACCAAUUCCACACAUUGCUGGUUUGUCUAAGUGCAAACCUACUUAACAUUUUGAACACAUCUUAGUUUAAACAAUCUUAGAUCACAUAACUCCAAUUUGGAUUAAUCUAAACUUUAUUUUUGAUUUGAGAGGGCAAAUUUUUUUACACAUAGAUUUAGAUAAAUUCUUUCUCCUCUGUUACCAAAAAGGUUGUUCGAUAUUCCCACUUUCCUUGAAAGUUAGUCAACCACCUAUCAGUGAGAUAAAAUGAUGACUGGUUUUUGGAAUUUCUUUCAAAUUUCCAGUUUCAAAUUAGUUUAGAUAUUUUUAUGUGUAGUGCAGUUCCAAAAUGAUUUAUGUUUUCUCAUGUUGGAGCUGCCUUGUACUCUGAGCCCAAAGUAAAGAUUCCCUUUAUUGUUUGUAUGUUAUCUCAUGUAUUAUUAUUAUUAUAAUUGUUAUUGUUAUUAUUAUGCGAAAUUUGCUUUUCAUCUUUUAGUUGAAGUUUUCUGUAGUUUGUGAAAUUCUUCAUUCUCACUACAUACAUGUGAUAUGUAUGGAGAAGUUAGUCACAAAUCAUCCUUGCAAUACUUCUUCGAGUGGAUCAGGAAAGGGUGUUUCCUGUGAAACCGCAAUUUUUCCUAUGGUGAUAAUUAAUUGCAUUGUGUCAUAAAUGGAUUGUCAUCUAAUGUGGUAGGAGAAAAGAAGGUCCUAAUCUUGAACUAUGCCAAUAGUUGUACCACAUUUUUUUUAAAAAAUUUAAGGAAAGAAUACCUUUUUGUCUGGGUUUUAUCAGCUUGUGCACUGAAGCUUGGCAUUUGUAUUCAGUAUUAAAAAGAUUGUGGUUUUGUUUGCAUGAUGUUUUGACUUAAGCAGCUUAUUAGUAUGCAUAGUUAUUACUACUUACUGAAGCUUGAAGUCUCAUGUUACAACAGAUGCCAUCAACUUCUUGUGUGAAUUCGUGAUAAAUUCACCCAAAGAAUUGGAAAAUGUUGGCACUGAAAAUUCCUUGUCCAUUAAGUUUUACAAGCACAUAGCUUUCAACUUCACAAUGAGAAAAUUGCUAAGAUCCUGUACACCUUUCAGUGGGGUACAGACACUCAUUGAAGUGUAUCUUGUUUAAUAAGUUUGUUUUUGAAUGUUACUUGUAUAUCUAUUCAACCUAACUUGGGUUGUGUUUUUUUAUCCUCUAACAUUAGAAAUCAACUGCAGAGUCUUCGCAUGUUGAUAGUGGAUUGGUAAGUAGAGAAAUAGAACUGUAGAACUAAACUUGUUAAGUGCCCUCGAUUGAUAGAAGUCAGCAUAUUGUUAUGCUUAUCAAUUGUCCAAAAAUUACACACUGCUCUGUGUUUGUCAUUUUUCUGAUACCAGUGGGUUGUCUUACAUAAUUCUUCUGGCCAACAGAUGGUGCUUUAGUAGUUCGGUUUCAUUUGAAAGUGACAAGGGAGCUUGCACAGCUGACAAUUGAUGGUUGUCAUAUAUGCUAAUAAAUAGAACAGAGUGUCACUUCAAGUAGUUAAAAGCAUGAUACAAUCUGUUGUCUGCACAUCCAGUCUUUAGUGGUUAAUAUGAGAUUAUUACACUAAAGCUGUCAGGAGAGGUCAACAAAUUUUUUUGGGCUGCAAAUGUUAGCCUAGGGGCAGUGUUUGUUCCAGGAUAGUUUUUGCUUUCAUUUCCCUGCCUUAUUUGUAAUAGAAAUUGCAAAGUUCAUCUUGAUUUAUCAGACCUUUGGACCUUGAAAUGAUGUUGUGUCAGAUAUUGAUAUCCUUUCUGGAGAAUUUUUUUUUGCAUGUUAAGUUUGUUUUAGUUCACCAAGGGUGGGAAAAUAGACAUUUCAGUUUAAAAGCUGUUAUUUUGUCAAUACCUUUUUUACAACAAUUAAGUUUAUUUUUUCCGAAUGUAAAUUAUGUUAUGGACAAGUGGAGUUGUUUCUGGAAGUUCAACAACUUUUUCUUUGCUAAGAUUGUCUAUGAUGUUCUCUCUUUCCUUUCUGUCAUCUGCAUUCUUGAAAAGAAAAAAAUCAAAAUAUCAGGAAAUAUCAAUAAAUGAAUAAAAACAAAUUUUAAACCAAAGCUGCUUAGUAUUAAACAGUGAUUUAUUUAUACACCAAAAAGGUGCAAACAAUAAAGAAAAAAUAUGUAAGAUGCUGUUGUUCAAAUUAUAUUUUCUUUGAAUGGCUUCAUUAAAAAAAACCUCAAACAAUGGUGGAGAUGGUUUAAAUGUCCUCAAAGAUGUAUAAUUUCUAGUCAGUAAAGUUUGUUUAUUCUUUGAAAUUUGAAAAACCUCUGAUUUCACUAUUGGUUGUUGUAUACAUGUACAUCCAUGUUUGUUCAAUUCAAACAAGUUCUCUUCAGUUGGAGUUGUCCUUGUGGUCAAAGCCAGUUUAAUUGCUUAAUCAUCAAUUUUAAAGCUGUUCAGUCUUUCGCUUAAUACAGGGGGCUCUCAACAUGAUAACCACUUUAUAACUAUUGCAAUGUAGCUACAUACACAAUAGAGUGCUAAUUGUUUUGAUAAGUUACUAAUGACCACCUGUUGUGGUAAACACAUUGGUUUCUUUGGUGAAAAUUAAAUGACAAGUUGAGUUAACUUGAGCUGUAUUUUCCCAUCACUUUCAAGCAACAAAUUUAACAAUAUUGGUUUUUUUAUCCCACAUUGUUUUCUGAAAUAAAGGGGAAAAAAUUGGACUGAUUCUCCUAUACUUUUGGAUUUUGAAUCUCAGCUCACAUAAAAGACACAAAGAAAUUGCAAGGUGACAAUUUUGUGGAAGCACAGAAGUCAAAUGUGGAAGUUAAUGUGAGGGAAUCUAUGGUGAAAGUUCUUGUCAUUGAAACUAAUUGAAAACAGAGCUUAUGAAUACCCAGAUGCUGCAGCUGUAAACAAACUGUAUGCAUCAGUUGUGAAUGUGACAAAGUUUCUAAACGGUUUUCCUCUUUUUUCUUUUACAGGAAAAUGGCCAUGUUGACUCUGGGGAUUAUCAAUGCAUUGACAUCACUUUAGAAAGGGUGAGAUUAUUGUACUGAUUUUUUAAAGUUAAAUUUGUGCUCUCUCUUUCCUAGGAAUUUUGUAUUUAUUUUUGAGACAAGUCCUGCCAGUGAGGCAAGGAACUCUAGCAACAUGAAUAUUGUGUUUGUAAUCAGCACUUUAUAGUGCAAUUUAGUGAUAGAAGAUGAAGGUGCAAAAUAUUCUGAUAUGUUCUGGCAGACUACCCAAAAGGAAGCUGCAUGCAUUUGUAAAGCUCUUUGUCAAACACAUUUUUUUUUUAUGUGUUUAAAAAAUGAAAUAAAUGUCUCUUUCAAUCUCCUUGUCCAUUCACAACUGACCUAAAGAGUUGUUGAUUAUCUCUUCAGUGAUUCAGCUGGUUGUGAUUGUGUUUUGUUUUCAGGGGACAACAGGUCUUGGUUUUAGUAUUGGUGGAGGAAAAGAUAACCCACAUAUAGAUAAUGAUUUUGGCAUUUACAUCACAAGAAUCAUCAAAGGAGGUGCUGCUGCUCAGGAUGGGAGACUGAAGUAAGUUUUCUGCAAACUAAACUAUUAUUAUUAUUUGCCAAAUAGAGGUCAAUAUGAAAUUAGGAGAUCCUCGCAGCUAAGAACACUACUGAAACGAGUAGUUGUAAAUAGGACCUGAAAAAAAUUUCAGGCCCGUACGGGAUUUGAACCCAUGACCUCUGCGAUACUGGUGCAGCGCUAUACCAAUUGAGCUAACAAGCCAACUGGGAGCUGGUCAAUGAAUUGGGUCCAAAUAAACAUCCAAGUGAAUGAAGAUUUUAGAUAUAUGAAAAUUCACAUAUUUGCACUGCGGUGGAAAGAUGAAAGUAGGAGAUCCUCGCAGCUAAGAACACUACUGAAACGAGUAGUUGUAAAUAGGACCUGAAAAAAAUUCUGGUCUGUACAGGAUUUGAACCCAUGACCUCUGCGAUACCGGUGCAGCGCUCUACCAAUUGAGCUAACAAGCCAACUGGGAGUAUAGAGCACUGUUCCACGCGAAAAUCGACUUGCAGACUCCCAAUAUAUAUAUAUAUAUAUAUAUAUAUAUAUAUAUAUAUACAUACACAUACAUAAGCUAAAAAAAAUUUUCAUAUAUCUAAAAUCUUCAUUCACUUGGAUGUUUAUUUGGACCCAAUUCAUUGACCAGCUCCCAGUUGGCUUGUUAGCUCAAUUGGUAUAGCGCUGCACCGGUAUCGCAGAGGUCAUGGGUUCAAAUCCCGUACGGGCCUGAAAUUUUUUUCAGUUCCUAUUUACAACUACUCGUUUCAGUAGUGUUCUUAGCUGCGAGGAUCUCCUUAUUUCAUCUUUCCACCACAGUGCAAAUAUGUGAAUUUUCAUAUAUCUAAAAUCUUCAUUCAUAGGUCAAUAUAUUUUUUAAUGCCAUUUUACUUUGAUUCAGGACAAGUUAAGGUUAAUUUCACAUAGGUGCUCUAUAUGGCACCUUGGAUUUAAAGCCUGACAUCUAGGGAUUUUACCAGAAGUAUCUUUUUUAUUUAAAUUAUUAUUGCUAAUUGAUUAAAUUGUUCAUUUUAUUUGCAGUGUUGGAGACUGUAUAGUGAAAGUAAACAAUACAUCAACAGUUAAUGUGUCUCACCAGGAAGCUGUGGAAGCCUUGAAAGCAGCUGGUGGGACUGUGACAUUGGUAACUGCCUGCUUUUAUUUGCCAACCAUUUCAUCAAUAAUGAUUCUGUAUCAAACAAGUGCUGUUAUGUUUGCUCACAAUUUGAAAUAUUGAGGAAGUAUUUUGAAAGUAGUCAAGGUGUUUAAAGUUGUAUUUAUUCUGCAUUUUGAUUGUUGUCACAUCCUUUCUUACAGAAUUUGAUUAAUAAAUACAGAUGGUAUAAGGACAUAUUAAUGAGUUUAAAUCAAAUUACCCAUUGUUUUUUGGUAAUGUAAUAAAGUUUAAUGUGCAGAAGUACAGAUAUAAAGCUCAGUGGGAAAGGUGCACAAGACAGUCUCAGAGAAACUUUAAUUGAUAUUUGUUCUAUGCAAGAAAUCAAAAUGACAUUGUAUGAAAACAGCUGCAAUUAUGAGUAACUAUGUGAUUAUUUGAACUGACAGACAUUAAAGAGAGAGCAAUCUGCCAAACCAGGCUCUGAAAAUCAGCAGACUGAAGAAAUAGUAUUGACAAAAGGAACCAAGGGUAAGAGAGGUGAUUUUGUUUGUCACUACACUUUUCAAGUGAUUAAGAUGCCAUAUUAUUUUGUUCAUGCAGGUCUUGGUUUUAGUAUCGCAGGGGGCAAAGGAAAUCAACAUGUACCAAAUGAUGAUGGAAUUUACAUCACCAAGAUAAUUGAUGGAGGGGCAGCACAGCAAGAUGGAAGACUACAAGUAGGAGACAAGAUAGUUAGGGUGAGUUACACGUUGGUAAUUAACCCUUUACAGCCUAGCAUCAGUAUGCAUAUUCUCCACACUGUUCUUUGUACAUUUCCUAAGGUGCUGACAGAGAGAAUUUGUUUGCCAAUCAAAACGUUCCUUCCCUGGUGACCAUUUCCUUUAUUCUCAUAACCUUAAUGUGUGAUUCAGGAGUGAUAUUGUAGGGAGAAAUUAGAUGCUGGUCACUCAUAGGGUUUAAAGGGUUAAGUAUUUUAUUGAUAUAUCUUAGGUGUGGCAUACUUAUUCUAUUUAAAUUUUCCCGCCACCACUGGAUAAAAUUUAAAUUAGGAAAAAAGACAGGAUGCGAUUAGCAGAAUGUAGUGUAUAUGAUGGGAAUAAGGGAAAAAAUAAGUAUGGUUCAAACUAAGUACUUUACAUCAUUCUUUUAAUAAAUAUCACAAUCUAGCCAACUUCCUCCCUUAGCUGCUGGUACAUGAAUAUAUUUGACAUGUGGUGUCUUUGCCCCACUGUAGGUAAAUGAUACAUCCUUGGAGGAUGUGGCACAUGAAGACGCUGUGGCCACUCUUAAGAAGACACAAAAUAAAGUUGUUAUAGUUGUGUCAAGAGUGGGCAUGAUGCAUACUACUGAUUCAGGGACCCCUCCCCCAGUUUAUCAUGAAGCUGUAAAUUUAAGUAAGUACCAGGCUUCAUAGCUUUUAAUUAGCAGACAUAACAUGUUGUUUUGGUUGGUUACAUAUGAAUAUAUCAAAAGUAAGUUGUUCUCUGCAGAGAUUCUGGAAUGGACAGACAGUACUUGUACUUAUAAUGGUGACAUGUUAUUAUUAGUGACAUGAAAGUUUUUAUUUUGGCCCACAAAUAAAAAGCACCAGAUAUUAAUCAUACAAAUCAAGUAAAACAUGACUGAAAACCUGGUAUUUGGGUUUCCUCCAUAAUUCUUGCCUCAGCCGGAAGGAAGCGUACCAGUCAGGUAUUUACCAGUGUGAUUAAGGAGUUGAACUAAGGACUACCCAGAGAGGAUUGUGAACCUGGGACCUCAAUGUUGAGAGUCCAAGGCACUCUCCACAUGAUCAUGCCACUACCCUUUUUUUAAAUGGAACACAUAGUGUGCUGUGUUCUCUAUGUGGUUUCUGUAUGUACCAACAUGGGCUGUGUUUUGGAUGAUUUUCUCUUGGUCUCCUAUCAACAGGAAUGGCAUCAUGGAACAAAGUGUGAAUCAUAGAGGAUCUAUGAUCAACACUUUCUCUGGGGCAUUAAAUCUGGUACAAACAAAAAUUUAAUGCAAUUUUGGAGAAAACAAAGACCAUAGCAUGUGGCAUUCUGAGCUUGGUCUUUGCUAAAGCUUAUUUGAAAAUUUGUUUCUGUUUGAAACUUUUGGAAGAAACAUGUAAUUUUGUGACAAGGUCAAACCCAGUUAAUGGGAGCUGCACAACUGAGGCAAGUUAAAUUAAAGUAUAUCUAUUUCCAUGGCAGGUCAACCACCUCCACCAUCCCCCCCACCAGAAGAAAAAGUUACAGAUAGCAUACUGCCAAUAGCGGUGCCUGUUCAAGAAAGUGCUCCACCAAAUGAACAUACUAACAGUUUGAAAAAACCACAAGCUCCCUCAGUGCCAGAGGAUGAUGGAUUUACAAGGUUAGAAUGGAAGCAGUUUUGUAGUUUUGUAGUUAGGACCCUUUUUCUGUUUGAUUGUUUGGUUUGGAGGUUUGAAAAGUUUAUAAUUUUGGAGAGUGAUAAGAUUGCAGUUGUAUUAUGUUUACGAAAGAGGUGUCGUUUCUUGUAAGGAAGCGUUUUUAAAAAAACAUCGUUCUGACAAUUUUUCAUGGAAAUACAUCGCACUUUUUAUUUUUUAAUGCACUUUCACAGUUUUUGUGCAGAUUUUCUAAACCAUCAACAUACACAGAAAUACUGUUUUUAGUUAAAAUACAAACAGAACUGACCCCCCCCCCCCCUUUACACAACUGUAACUGCAUGAUGAGAAAGUUAGGUUUCAAUUUGUGAUUAAUUUGAAGUGGUAUCUUGACAGAGAGCCAAGGAAAGUCGUGUUGAACAAGGGACUCACGGGUCUGGGGUUUAACAUCGUGGGCGGUGAAGAUGGUGAAGGAAUUUUUAUCUCUUUCAUUCUUGCUGGUGGUGUGGCUGAUCUCAGUGGAGAACUGAGAAGAGGCGAUCAAAUCCUCUCGGUAAGAUUGUUAUUGACUAUGUAACUCUUAGUUUCGUCGAAAUUCUUCUAAAAAGGAGGAGUAUGUAGCAUCAAGGCGAAUCAGGGCGCGCGUGUGGCUAAUCACAGCUUAGAUGACGUUCUCUUAUACAAUCAGGUGUAACGCUUGAAUCGAUAUUUUCCCCACGCUUUGAGAAACUGUGAUUUGACCGUGUCUAAUUUCUUUAAACCAGUGAACUUCCUUUCCAAUCAGAAGCAGAUUACAUCAAUCAUUUCCCAACCUUUCUUGGAAAUGUCCUGUCUUUGUUGAUUCGACCACAAAUAUUGCAACAGUUAUUCUUCUGUUCUUUAAUCCAAAUAUUUGUGCAGUAACCGCAUUGUUUGGUUGUUAUUAAUUCGUUUGAAAUCAGCGUGGGUGGGAAUUUUCGGUGUUGUUCCGUAACCCGUGGGUAGCGCAGUCGAUUCUCGUCAAUUUAUUCAAUGAGAUAUAACAAGAAACAAAUAUAGAUCCGCUGAACAAAUGGUAUUGAGAAGGAAACAGCAAUACACGUCAAUGACUUAACCAAUAUUUAACAAUUUGCCUGUCUUGCCAUCUUCCAGGUAAAAAGGAAAUACAUAUGAAAUGUUUAGAUGAAAUUUGUCAUUUAUUUGAUCUCUUAGACUGAUCUAAGCGCAAUGUGAUCUUGGUGUUGGUUUCUUUCGUGAAUUGAAAGGAUGUUAGAAGGUUUCUUCUUGAUCAGCAUUAGCUAUUCAUUUUCCAUCAGUAUUAAGUAACAAGUACUAAUAUUUUCACAAGUCGCAAUUAAAAUGUAAAUUUUGACGCGCUUAAAUCAUUCUCUACAUAAUUGCUGUCGUUGGAAGAGUCGCUAUCGUUGUACAGACCCAUGUGAUGAAUUAUAAAUAACGAAAUCAGAUAUGCCAACAAAUUAAACCGAAUUUGUGCGAGAAGACGCCAUGAUAUUCGAGUCAGUUUUGUUAAAAUUUUCAUUAUAACAGCAUCGUUCUUAACAUUGUGUUUCAGAGACAGGGCGUUCUAUUUGAGUUCAUGUAACCGUUUUUUUAAGAUUAGAACACGUUUUAAGCUUUUCUUGAUGUAUUUUCCUUUUUAUUUUUUGAGUUCGUUCGAUUCAUUUUACUUCAGGUAAAUGAUGCCGAUUUGGAGGACGCCACACACGAAAAAGCAGCCGCUGCAUUGAAGGGCGCUGGGAACACUGUGGUGAUAGUGGCUCAGUAUAAACCCGAAGGUAAGGGCUAUAUUGCUUCUUGAUUUUAUUACGAAAAACUCUUCUAAAUUUCAUCUGUGGUUUUCCCUCGAUUUCUUAAAAGUUUCUCCGAAAGUCUAAAAAACUUUCGCCAAUUGGCUAGGUUUUGAAUUGAACGCUCAAUAUUAGUUUGGACAAAAUUUCUUUGAAAUAAUAUUAUUUAUAGAAUCGGUUUUUCGAAUUUAUAUUAACUAGUAUACUGUCGGUGAACUUCGAGUUUUCACGUCUCACGGAAAUAUGAAUAUGCGUCUUGGACCAUGAUAUUGUUAGUUUUUUUCUGUCCAGUUUUCAUCCUUCGAAUUGUCAUUUUCACACUUAAGAGAGUCGUAAAAUUUACAAUCGCAGCUGAUGGUCACAAAAACCUUGUAACUAAUUUGACAGAUUUAUUAGGUCUCGUUAACCGCUUGGUGUAUUUUUGGUUGGCAUGAAACAGUGUGUAUACAUUUGAUUUGUUCUUAUUCGACUUCCUGCAUAAAAUGUUUACAAAUAUCGCCAUGUGUGUCUGUAAUUUUAUCAAGGCGCCUGUUCCGCUCAUGGUAAUUUUUUGCAAGAGUGUUUUAUUUUAAGAGUUGUUAUAAAGUGAUGUUUAUACAAUGGUUUUCGGCGAAAUUGAAGCUUUUUGUAGAUUUUUAUAGUAUUUUGUAGGGUUCAGCACUGCGAAUUUUUUGGGGUUCAACAUUGUGAUAAAUCAAAACUUUCGUAAGGAUCGGACAUUGAUUGAAAGUGACAUGCUUGAAAAUAAUGUAUGUGUGAUGUUUCAACAGAUUAUGUUGAGUUUCCGUUGUUCUUCCCAUUCCAAUAUCUAUGUUUUCUAUGCCCCUUUCAUAUGUUCAUAUGGUGUAAUUUCCCUUUCGACAGAGAGGAAAAAUACCAUAAUUGUGACAAUCAUGUUCUAAAAAUGCUACUCAAAUUGUCAUUUGACUUAUUCGUUGAAGUAUCUUUCAUCUAAGGACAGAAUAUUCAGAAAGUCAUCAGCAUACCAAUGAAAGCAAUUUGUAAAGAUGUCGCCGUGUUCAACUCGAAUAUGUGAUUCAUCUUGUGCUGUGAAUGAAUACUGCUAAGUUUUCAAAAAGUGGAUGUAUGCCAAGGCGUGGAUUAUUUACUUGACUAAUAUUUUUAUAUUUUUAUUGAUGAUCAGUGUGUGUUUUGUUCUGAUUCAGUUUGAGUUUUGUGGCCUUGUGAGAAUUAAUAAACAAAAGCUUAGUACACCCAGAAGGGAACGCGCUUGUGAUAGUUCAUUAAACAUGAACGGACAUAAUGGAUUAGAUAUGCGCUGCGGCUAACGAUUUCUGCUGCUGUUGUCUGCAUUCGUUGGCCAUCGCGGAAAAUUUAAUGAACUCAACAGUGAAAUUGCUAUUAGUCGAUCGAGUUUGACAGUUCGGCGCUUCGCGUAGCCCGCACGCCCGUGCCAAUAUAAUAUCAUAUGGUUACACCAAAGUUGAAAUCUUGAUUCGUCGAUUGUGAAACGAAUAUUGCGUUACAUUUGAUUAUUUAUUAGUUAGUUUAUCUUCGUGGAUCUGAUUUUAGAGUUCUAGUGGGUAUUUCGGUCGGUUGUUAAUUGAUGAACAAGGCUGCGCUAAGAGUUUAUGUACGUAACAGGCAAGUAUCUCCAACAAUUUGCAUAUUGGAGUGGGAAAAUUACUCGUUAGCGCCGAGUUAUUUUGUCUGUUUUAGCCGCGUGAACGCGUGGUUUUCUUGUAAGUUUGCAGCGAAAUAACGGUGUGGUUUUGUGUCUGUUGUCUCUUUACAGAAUACAAUCAGUUUGAAGCGAAAAUUCACGAUAUUCGUGAGAAAAUGAUGAACAGUGGAAGUCCGGGAACUUUGAGGACGUCCGUGAAGCGCCAGCUAUAUGUUAGGUAAGAAAUAAACGCGAAUAUUUAUCUUGUGUUUUAAAAAUAGCCCGCUUGACUCAAAAUACGACCCUGACUCGUGUCUUAAAUCUAAGGAAAUUAGUUAUAACGCUCUUUUCACCCUUUUCUGUGAUGGGUAUCAUGUUCGCUAGGAUCCCGUGUUCACUUAUAAACGAGGAGUUUUGUAUGUCUCAAAUACCAAAUUGCUAUCUUUAUUUUGAACACUGUUUCUUUCUCAGUCAGUUCAAUCUGUGAUGCUUGUUUGAAGUCACUGGCAUUCUUGAAAUGUUCGUCAUUUUCUGUCGACAUCGAUCUGACUUAGUUUUGCUGUUGUUAUUUUCUCACUUGCUUCAACGCGCCAAGUAGUUUAUAAAGUUUACAAUGGCUGUUCUCUUGUAUUUAUUGUCGUGGAAGUGAAUCUUUUAGCGGAUGUUUCAUGUGCAAAGCAAUACAACGGUGAAACGGAGAGAUAGUCUGGAAUAUUCACAAAAGUUGUCUUGCGUGACUAUCUCAAAACAACCCUCCUGUUGCGUUAUUUGCAAAACACACUCAGGGCGACAACCCUUCAAUAUACCUCCUGUUGUGUACAAAAUCAGAAAACGUAUUCAUAGUUUCAGACUAGUUUUCCUCUUUUCACCAUGAGCGCGAAUACUGAUUGACGCUUUUUUUCCAGCUUUGCUGCUUUGAUUAAUAACACUUUUUUGGGCAGGUUUCGAUACACUGAGCUGAUUAAAUUGAACUAAUAUAUUACUCUUAUCCUGUAAUCUGCUCUGAAUAUUUGUUUUGUUUUGUGUGAUUCCAGCUGGAGCUGGUUUUGAGUUCAGGGCUAAAAAUUUUGCCGCCCGGUAUCUUUCUCCGCAUGCUUUUCUUUCGAUGUCUUUAGAAUGAGAAAGAGCUUUUAAUUAAUAGAAGAAGAAAAACAAGAUAUAAACUGGGUUUUACACAAAUGCCUCACACUCGCUUUGUAUCCAGGCUUUUAGUUCCAAUUAUGAAUGCACUUGAUUAAAGAAUUUUCCUAAUAAGAGUAAAUUUAGUGACUAAAGUAGUCUAAAUGGUCGAAGGUAUGAGAGCAAAUCAGGCUUAAACAGAUUCAAUUGACAAUUAUUCUAGAUGGUGGUGAAGGAGAUAAGUAAAUCAAUAGUGCUUGUAGUUAAUUAAUCUCAAGCUCCCAUUUGUAGUUCUUGGUAAUCCACGGGGAUUUCUCCUUCCUUUUCCUUAUUAAUGUAUUUCAGCUCAAUUUAUGUUCGCCUUCUCUUUUUAUUUUAUGGAAGUUUUCUGAGUCGCUUAUUAGACUCAAAGUAUCCUAGUUGCUUCCGCUUUCACGGCGCCCCUCCUCUGUUGCCGACGUCACGUUCCUGAGUUCCUUAUUUCAUGUCAGUGGGUGCGGUUGUUUUUGUGGGUGGGUGUGGUCGUUGGUGUGGGUGUGAUCUUUGGGAGAGGAGCGGAAUGCCUAUCAUGGCUUUCAUUUACUCCCGAGGUCUUUCCUGAUGUCGAGACAUUUCAUCUGUCAUCCUAAAUUUCUUAAGGAGGUUAAAGGAAGACCUCCUUUAUGCGUUUUCAUUCCUAAAGCAGAUUUCACUGUCCACCCUGAAUUGCUGAAAAGUUGUUUUCUGAAACCUAGCGAGGUCUAAGUUUAUAAUCCUGUCUGAUCAUAGGAGUCUGAUUUUUGACCCACUCAAUACAUUUUACGUUUUUUAGGGCUCUGUUUGACUACGACAAAACAAAGGACAGUGGUCUCCCCAGUCAGGGCCUGAGCUUCAAGUACGGCGACAUUCUUCAUGUGACCAAUGCUAGUGAUGACGAGUGGUGGCAGGCCAGACGGCUGAAUGCUCUGGGGGAGGAGGAAGGGAGAGGUGUCAUCCCCAGUAAGAGGAGGUAAGAUUAGGACAAGGCUACUUCAUUGAUCAAGAUACUUCUUCUCAUAACCUAAGGCAAAUUGUAAAGUUAACUCCUUUUUGUUUUUCAGAGUCGAGAGAAGAGAAAAAUCAAGAAUGAAAACAGUGAAAUUCUCAAGAAAUAGCGAGGAAAAUAAAACAAAGGUAAAACCCAUUUUAAUUUUUUUCAGUGGUGUAUUUAUUUACUCGGAUAUUCAUUAGUCUAUCGAUUUAUUUGUUUUUGAUGGAAAGAAGUAUUUUUAUUUAGGGGUGAAUUAAUGUAGUUCAGCUCCCAUAUUCACCAUUAUCCGCUAAUUUCAUGACAAGAGGAAAGGAAAUUGAGUUUGAAACUGAUCUUGAUCACUUUCUUUCAUACUUAUUUCAUUCAGCAGCUAUCUGAUAGUUUCAUUUCGUGUAACACGAGUAAAGUAAACAGAAAAGAUUCGUCUUGAAUUAGAGAAAAAAAUUUCUUUUGUUUUUAUCCUUUGUAGACUUCGUUUAAUGAAGGAACAGGAGGCCGAAAGCGAAGUUUCAAAUUUUCGAAGAAGCUACCGUUUUUCAAGAAAGAAUCCGAAAACGAGACGACAAGUGACGUAGAACCAAGCUAUACAUCAAAUGCUAGCGAUAGUGAAAGCAGUUACAGCGCACGCGCAGAGGACAACAUCCUAUCGUACGAAGCUGUGGUCCAACACGAAUUACAACACACUCGGCCCGUGAUAGUCUUGGGACCGCUUAAGGACAGAAUCAAUGAUGACCUCAUCUCAGAAUUUCCGGAUAAAUUUGGCAGCUGUGUACCCCGUAUGUAGUCAUACCAAAAACACUUGAACAGUGUUGUUUCUGAUUGUUUUGUUUUGAAAGCUUUAGUGUAAGGGACCAUGAUCUCUUCCUGUCUGCUGAUUCAGUUUUCGUUCAUUAGUAGGAGUGCAUUGUUUUGACAAACAAACUGCUUGCCUUCCUGCACACGGCUCACUUCUACCCCGCCUUUACCUCGUCGUCGUGCCACUAUUGUUCUCCACAACCGGACGACUCUCCUUCGCUUCCCGUGAAAAAGUACAACCCCCGCCUCGCAUCGCCCCGCCCCGCCCCUCCCCUCUCGUCCGCUCCUCCGCACACUCCCCUUUCCUCAUAGAGCGUCUAACAUAAGAUUUACCAAACAGCAGGAUAACAAAAAAAUUCAAUGUUGUUAUUUGACUGUUUUCUUUUGAUUACAGAUACGACGCGUGAGAGGCGUGACUACGAGGUGAAUGGGCGGGAUUAUCAUUUUGUAGAGUCACGUGAGGAGAUGGAGCGAUCAAUUCAGAACCACAUGUUCAUCGAAGCCGGUCAAUACAACGAUAAUUUGUAUGGGACCAGUGUGCAGUCAGUCAAAGAAGUCGCCGAAAAGGUACACUCGCAAAUGCAAGGGUGUGGUUAGGAGUAGCUAAGAGACCCCUCCCUCCCCCCUUCCCAUUUGCCAGAAAAAGUUAUAAACCAGCUCAGUAUCCCCAUCUUCAAAUACUAAGACGUCAAUGUAGACCCACUUGACUGGGAAAUUCUUUCCUUUCUCCCUGUCGUCACUACUGUGGUUAAGUCCCUUUUUGUAAAAUGAAAGAAGCGUAAAUGUGAAGGUACUAGUUUGGCUCUCCGUAGCUAUUAGUCUCCAGAGAAAUGUGCCAAAAAAGUCCUGUUGAUAUGGACACUCAUUGGACAUUAAUUUGUCUCUCUUCAAUUGAAGAAUCCCAGGGUUUGCCAAACGAUGAAAUAUUUGUCUCUAAAUGAUUUUCCUACUCAAUGUGGAAUCCACUUUAAUAACAGACAGAAGUAUCAGAAUGUUAAUAAAAGUGUUUCAUUAUCUCCGCUGAAGUCAAUACCAAAGAUUGCUGAAAAACAACACCAAAAAAAACACAACAAAGAAGGCUUAAAGCCCCAAAGGAAUCACAACGCGUUUUGUUGUCAGUAGAACUGGGCAAGUAGUUUUACGUCACUGAAAAUGUGGUUGUUUUGAUGAGAACUUUCAAAUAUUACAAAUCCGAAUUACUACGAUGAAACGCUUUAUUUCGCAGAAUAAACAUUGUAUUCUGGACGUUAGUGGUUAUGCCAUAAAGCGUCUCCAAGUUGCAACACUUUAUCCGAUCGCCAUCUUUUUGAAACCAAAAUCUGUGGACUCCAUCCGGGAACUCAACAAACGACUAACGGAGGAGCAAGCGCAGAAGACUUAUGACAGAGCCCUUAAACUAGAACAAGAGUUUGGAGAGUAUUUUACUGGUAAGUUAAUAAAACCUGACAUGGAACUAUCACAAAUUUCAUUUAUCAGUAAUAAAACAUUUAAUAUCUUCAUAUCUCUUACCUCUGUCGUUAUUUGCCAGUUUUGAUGAAGCACCAAUUUUGUCAAUUCAAACCGAUUUUGGCUUUCCCUUUGUUUUGGUUUGUUUUAAUUAUCGUGGUUCUUCUAUAUUUUCAAGGAGUGUUCAAUUUCUAUCACCAGACAGUGAUCACACCCCUUUUGCCUAGCUCAGAAGGAGAGAAUCCAGAAUUUCCCGGUCACAUGAAAACUGUGGAAGAGUAAAUUUACUUCGUUCAUCUUUUUUCCCCUUUUUUUUUCCCUAGCGGUUGCCCAAGGUGAUACCUAUGAUGAAAUCUACACCAAAUGUAAGGAAGUUAUACGUCAGCAGUCAGGGCCUGUUAUAUGGAUCCCUUCUAAAGAAAAACUCUAAGUAGAACCGUAGUCCACACACAAGUGAGUCAGCGGAUCAACCUCCAGACAUGCGCAUCCGUUGUCCUGUGUUUCCAUGGUUAUGUAAUGACGAUUGCAAUGUGGCGUUACGAUGGUGCUUCGUUGCUUUUGCGGGAAGAGAUUAAUUUGGCUGCGCCUGGGUUGAAGUGACUUUGACAGCAUAUAUAUUUUCAGUUGACUAAAAUUCAUUGCCCAGCCACGUUUUUGAUUGUCAUUGCCUUUGCUUGUAGGAGUCGGCGACGUUAUUUCGGCGGUUUUUUCGGUUAGUUAGACAUCUGAAUUUUAGAAGUAGCACUCUGCCAAAGUUAGUGCACAAUAUCGUCUUUAUUCAUAUAUUUGUCACUGACGAACACCCUUAUGUUUCUUUCGUGACUUCCUCCGUGCGCAGCUCUUAUUUGUAAUGUCACGCACACCUAUACUUCGCGAAAUAGCGUAACAAUUGUUUUCCAAGCGCAUAGAUCAAACAACGGCUCUUGAUUUAUCCAAAGACGAAAUCUUUAUUAUACUGGUUUAGAAUGCUUCUCAAAUAUAAAAGUGACUUUCUGACCAGUCGCUUAAUUGAACUUUAACCACCUGUCGGAUUUGUAUAUCCUGGUGUAACUUAGAUUGCUGAAUGCCAUUUGGGCUUUAUAAUUCAAUAUGUCGUAACUUUUGUUACCUUUACGCUUCGUCUUUUAAUUCGAGUUAACCUGAAUGUUACCCUCUUACCUUCUAGUGAUGGUUAGAGCGGUUUUUAAUGUAACUGUCAAUCUUAUCAAGGCAAACAAUUUAUGAAACAGUGAGAAUUCGGAUCAAAAUCGUUUGAUGACGGAGCCAAAAAUGUACAGUAAAAAAUUCGAAUUAAGGAUUCCUUUAAAAGUUUCAUUAAAAAUCGCUCUAACUUGUGCAGUAAUAAUCCUUUGUGUUAUCCAUAAAUUUAACAGAAGUAUUGUAAGAUAAAUAAAUAAUUUUAAUCUGAGUUGAAUGGUUUGUCAAGGCCGAAGAAUUGAACUGUUAGUCAGCUUACUGGGCCGUAAGACCUUGAACUGAGAAUCAUUUGGGUUAUUAAAAGAAAUAGUGUCAUACUUGAUCAUUUAGAAGAGACCUAAAAUUAAAAUUUAGCCUAGAACAAUAUUACGUAGAUUCUCAAAUAAACUUGUACCCAGGACUAGUUUGCUCAGUUCAGGGGGGAUUACGAGCUCACUUCCUGGUCGUAGGCUUCUAAUCGAGCGGACCAGUUAGGCUUGGUAAGGCUCUGUCUUCAGCUGAGGUUUUCCCGGGAGCUCAUGAUCCCCUCCAGGUCUGUACAGGCGCGGUUCCCAAUUGAAUAUUUCUAACGUCCUGGGAACAGACCUAGUUUGUCAAAAUCAUCGCGUUCAGGCGAUUACACGUCUUUAAUCGUUUCAUUUCACGUGGCGCUGUGUUUCCUAAUUUUGGUACGUUGUACAAUUCAUGGUCAAGCAUUACCAAGUCACAGUAAACGCCCUUCUUUCAGAUGUGGUUCUUUUAUUGCCGCGUGAUACCCAAAGAAGGAGUCCUCUUCUCAGGCUUAAGGAAGAGGGCGUGGACAUGAAUUCAGUGCAAAAUAAGUGUUCGUGCCCGCGUAAAUUCUUUGUUCCUGAUCUAAACAUGACGUCAAAACUUUGAGAUUGGAGAAGUUCGGGGAAAGUGAUCUUGGAUGAUAAGGAACUGUCCGCAAUUAGCAUCGAAAUGGCCGAUUAUGCCUUCUGGUUAAAAGUCAUCCGCUUGUGAAUGUGAGUAGUCAAACAUUAAGAGAGUUAUCGUUAUUUGAAAGUACACAGUCAAGGGAUAGACUUAAAUUGUACCUCUGCCAGUGAACAUGCACCUUUUAAUUGCUUCGAAAUUAAAGUCACUCGUCGGAAGACUCAAAACUAUGCGUGUUUCAGGACGUUGGAAAAUAUUACAUUUCUCUUUUGUAACAAGCGCGACUCAAGGAUUAGGCUUCCGGUCGAGGCUG